GGGCGGGGCGCCCGGAGGAGCGCGGCCAUGGAGACCCUAGUGUCGGUGAUCCUGCCGGUGCGCGACGCCGGGCCCUGGCUGGACGCGUGCCUGCGCUCGGUGCAGCAGCAGGACUUCGGAGGCCGCCUGGAGCUCUCGGUGUUCGACGACGCCAGCCAGGACGCGUCGAUGGCGAUCGUGGCGAAAUGGAGAGCGACGCUGGAAGGAUCCGGGGUCCGCGUGGUCGUCGGAGGGCACGACUCGGCUGCGCCGCGAGGAGCUGGAUAUUCUAAAAAUCGAGCAAUAGCACAGAGCUCAGGGUCUUACCUUUGCUUUUUGGAUGCGGACGACGUGAUGAUGCCGCAGAGAGUGAGGCUGCAGCUCGACGCUGCCGUUCAGCACCCAGCAAGCAUCAUAGGUUGCCAAGUGACGAGAGAGCCCCCCAACUCCACGGAACGAUACACGCGCUGGAUCAACCAGCUGACGUCGGACCAGCUUCUCACCCAGGUUUUUACCUCCAACGGCCCGACUGUGAUCAUGCCCACCUGGUUCUGCUCGCGAGCGUGGUUUUUGCACGUGGGCCCGUUCGACGAGGGCGGGCGGGGCGUGCCCGAGGACCUGCUGUUCUUCUACGCGCACCUCCGGAAGGGCGGCGGGGUCGUCCGGGUGGACCGCAGCCUCCUCCUCUACCGCUACCACCCCAGUGCGGCCACUCACACCAUCCUCGAGGCCACCAUCUGGACCCUCCGCGUCCGCUUCCUGGAAGAACGGGCCUUGCCACACUGGGCGACCUUCACCAUCUGGAACGCAGGCAAGCAGGGCCGCCGACUCUACCGCAGCCUCACGGCAGAGGCGCGGCGCAAGGUGGUCGCCUUCUGCGACGUGGACGAGAACAAGAUCAAGAAGGGCUUUUACUGCUACGAGGACUCUCAGGAGAGGCCCAGGCCCCGGGUGCCUGUCCUGCACUUCCGCGCGGCCCGGCCGCCCUUCGUCAUCUGCGUGAAGCUGGACCUGACCGGGGGUGCGUUUGAGGACAACCUGAGGUCGCUGCACCUGCAGGAGGGCCGGGACUUCCUCCACUUCAGCUGACAGGCCCACAGCAGCCACGGCACCAGGAAACCCCGUGAGGUGAGGACACCCCAAGGCAUCGCUGAUGAGAUCGGGAAGGACGCCCACCCAGAACCUGCACCUGGCCCCCCCAUUCAGGCUCUGCUCCGGAAGGCUCUUCUCGGACAAGUGUGGACUCGGCCCGCAGC